UUGUCCAGGCUGUGAGUGCAGUCUGAUGAUCUUGGCUCACUGCAACCUCUCUUUCCUGUGUUCAAGUGAUUCUUGUGCCUCAGCAACCCAUGUAGCUGAGAUUGCAGGAUUGACUUCUAAACGCUCUUGAUACAUGAGGAAGAAACCCAGAAGAGGAAGAGGAAAGCAAAGGAGUCAGGGAUGGCUCUUUCUCAGGGUCUGUUGACAUUCAGGGAUGUGGCCAUAGAAUUCUCUCAGGAGGAGUGGAAAUGCCUGGACCCUGCUCAGAGGACUCUGUACAGGGCCGUGAUGUUGGAGAAUUAUAGGAACCUGGUCUCCCUGGGGUCUUGCUGUGUUGUUGAAAUUCAUCUUGAUCUCCUGCGCUCAAGAGAUCUUCCACAGUCUCCUGAGCAACUGAGAUUAUAGGCGCCAACCCCCAUACCUAAUUAUUGGCUUUUAUUUUUAAAAUUUUUACAUAUGUGUAGCCGAGCAUGGUGGCUCACGCCUGGAAUCCCAGCACUUUGGGAGGCUGAGGUGGGUGGAUCACAAGGUCAGGAGAUCGAGACCAGUUUGGCCUACACGGUGAAACCCCGCCUCUACAAAAAAUAUAAAAAUUAGCAGGGUGUGAUGGCACAUGCCUAUAAUCCCAGCUACUCCAGAGGCUGAGGCAGGAAAAUCACAUAAACCUGGGAAUCAGAAGUUGCAGUGAGCCAAGAUCACCACUGCACUCCAGCCUGGCAACACAGCAAGACUCCGUCUCAAAAAAAAAAAAAAAAAAAAAAAAAAAUUUGCAUAUGUGUGUCCUUAAGGCUAA